UUGCCGUGGUUUCAGCCUCCUGCUUCUUGAGCCGACCGUUGCGCGCGCGGCCAACGGCUGAGAGCCGUGAGGAUUUAUGACAGGACGGAGGGAAGGAGGAGAGAAGGAAAGGAGGGGAGGAGGAGGCUGUGACAGCAGGAGGUGUUGAAGGGUGGAUUAUCGCUGCCGCAGAAAAACAUCAGAGUCAUCGUUUCCUCUGAGUUCCGGCCAUCAGGAAGCUCCAUCACUCCAUCUGAGCAGAGGGAGGACUGAAGCAGGGAUGGAGGGACUGUGAGUCCUCGCUGGUCCUCAGAUCCGUGGGGAGUCAUGACCUCUCAGGAAGAGGCGUCUUCCUUCAGGAGGUUCUUUCAGUACGUGGAGGACAGCGCCCUCCGAACAUACGACGGUCUGGUGAUCCAAAACGCUUCCGACAUCGCCAGAGAGAGCGACCGCGUUCGGAACCAGACCAACUGGACCUACCUACAGGAGAAACACCAGAAGAAGAGACGGCAAGAAGAGACCAUCAAGAGGAUUGGAGAAGACGUUGCCACGGCCUCAGAUGGAGCAUACUCUGGAAAACAUUUCAGGAUGGGCUUCAUGACGAUGCCGGCGCCACAGGACCGACUGCCCACGCCGACCCAAGGCUUCACUGUGCGAUCCCAGUCUCUUCACUCAGUCGGCGGUGGAGAGGAAGACUCCAACCACAGUCGCAAGCAACCUCCACCCAAACCCAAGCGAGACCCGACCACCAAACUGAGCAGCAGCUCUGAGGCGGUGGACGGAGUCUCUGGUUUCAUGAAGAGAGAGUAUCAAGAAGCUAAAGAUGGUGCCGAACUUUCAGAAGCUCGAUACCAUCACCACAGUGAAGAAUCCAGGAAGAUGCCUCCACCCAAACCCAAGAGAGACCCAAACACUCAGCUUAGCUCCUCUUUUGAUGAGUCCUACGUCCGUAACCACUGCAGCAAGAAGUCUUCCCUCCAUGGCGACAAAUCCUCGUCUCAGAGUCACAGCCCGGCGUCCAGAGACACAGACGACGAAGAGCCGGUUUACAUCGAGAUGGUCGGAAACAUCCUGCGUGAGCUGAAAGGUCAGGAAGCCGUGGACGACGAGCAAAGCGAGUCUGUGUACGAGGAGAUGAAGUAUCCGAUGCUGGAGGACUUUCUGCAGGAUGUGCAGUCCACCAUCAUCGACAGUGAGGCGUGGUCUUCCCGCGGUUCGUUCUGUGACAUUCCUCCACCCUUCCCAAACCUCCUGACUCACCGCCCUCCGCUGCUCGUCUUCCCGCCCGCCCCGGUCCAAUGCUCCCCCAACUCCGACGAGUCCCCUCUCACCCCGCUUGAUGUCACUCGUCUGCCUGUGCUAGAAAAUGUUAGCUUGAGUAAAUCGGGUGGAGCAGAGCAGCCACAGGGCUCUGGUCACCACCGUAAAGAUCGGGACCGGGAUCGGGACCGGGACCGGGAUCGGGAUCGGGAUCGGGACGCGUCCCACACUCACACAGUCACAUCCUCUGGUCGCUCAUCAGCCCCUCCCCUGGCCUCCAGUUUUUACAAGUCAUCAAGCUCCGCCCACAGUGGUCACGGCUACCCCCGCAGCCAAUCAGCAUGUCCAUCUCCGGUCAGCAUGGGGCGCGCUCUGACUCCUCUGAGUUUGAAGAGGCCGCCCCCUUAUGACACUCUGAUAGCAGGAGGAAGCAUACCCCGCUCCUCUUCCUCCUCCUCCUCAUCCUCACAGAGGGCAGGAGAGGGCGGAGCUAAACUCAGUAACUCGUCCUCCGCCCACGGCUCCAUGCACAACGUCUCGGCGCGCUGCCAGACUCCCACCAGCCCGCUGGACGAACUCAACAACCUGUUUGCGUCAGGCAGGCAGGUGAUGAAGAGGAGCUCGGCAGGGAGGAAGGGCAGAGAGGGUGAAGGAGACUCCAAGUCUCUGCCAAGACACGACAGCAAAGACAGAGACGGACAAUCCAGUCCUGUUUCCAGCAGGAUGGGGAGAUCGUCUGUGAGCCCCACCAUGAUGCUGACGGGAGGAGGAGGAGCAGGAGGAGGAGGAGGAGGAGCAGGAGGAGGAGGAGCAGGAGGAGGAGCAGGAGGAGGAGAAUCAAAGACUGUGGGUAAACUGGGCCGGUCCGCAUCAACGUCAGGGGUUCCCUCUCCAGGCGGAACGCCGCAGCGCCACCUCUAUGACGCCCACCACCCGGUCCUCAGCCAGGACUGAGCUUUGGUGAACAAACAGAGAGCAGGAGCUUCACAUCGUCUCCUGAACUUAGUCUCACUCUGAAUUUUAAACACUAACAGCCUGCAGCAGCUGAACAUAACUGGCUCAGUAACACUUGAUUACUAACAUGCUGAAGUUUCUAACAGCAGCACUAAUACCGCACUGACGCUCCACUAACAGUGAGUCAUUCUGAGACACUUCAACACAAUAAAACUUUAAAAACUCCACAGUCAUAAGAUCAUAAACUCAAAAGUCACAUUCCUAUAGUUACUGACCCCGCCCCUAUCGAUACUGACUCCGCCCUUAUCGAUACUGACCCCGCCCUUAUUGAUACUGACCCCGCCCCUAUCGAUACUGACCCCGCCCCUAUCGACUCCGCCCCAACUUUCCACGCCCCAUUUUAAAUUCAUGCUGACCACGCCCAUUCCUGAUGCAAAUUGCUCACGCUGUGACUCAUGCUGACCCUGCACCUUUAUGUUGCAUGCUGAUUCUUGUGGCGUGACCUUUGACCCUGCCCUGACCCAACUGGACCUACUUUUCCACCCUGUUGUUAAGUAUUCUGAUGCACACCCUGGCAGGGUUUCAGUCCGGUUUGAAGUUCAGACUUGCCCCCAUUUUUUAUACAUAUUGAUGAACUCUGACACAUGACACCUACAGGUCAUCCCCAAUGUUUGGAGUGCGCUCCAUUUUAAUACUUACCAACCAUGUUCCAUAUUUAAUACAUACUGACCAGACGUUAUUACCACACAAUCUGUCCCAGAAGCCCGAUCCGAACCUUCUGCUCAUGUGAAUCUACUUCUUAAAAUUAUUAGUUUUAGCAUUGUUUUCAAAUGACCAAAGUGAUUUAUAUUUUGUUUUUUUAACCAUCUGGAAGUAUUUCCUGUAGCGCCUGUGCUAACGCCGGGACGUCGUUGCAAUUCGUUCUUCCUGGACAGAUUCUGUCAUGACGCAUCAUUCUUUACAUAAUGACCCUGCCCCUUUCUGAUGCAACUUCCCACGCUGUGACCCCUGCUGACCCUGCACCUUUCUGUUGCAUGCUGAUUCUUAUGGUAUGACCUCUGACCCUGCCCUGUCCCAACCGGAUCUACAGGUCUGCCCUGUUGUUAUGCGUUCUGACGGCCCAGUUUUAGUCCAGUUUUUACAGUCAUCCUUCAUGUAACGCAGGAGUAACGAUGAUUUUCAUUCAUUUACACAGAGUUAAUGAAGCAUAACAUAAUCAAUCCUGUUUUUCACCAUUAUUUCCUUUAAUUGGAGAUCAUUACUGAAGCAACACAGAGGCUCCCAGUGCUAACUGGAAGAACUGGGCUGAAACUGAGUCGAUCCUCACCUGACAUCCAUCACCUUCCCCUGUGGUUGUGUUUCUGUGCCAAACUUUUUCAAAUAAAAACCAAAAUGUCUGGUGUGGUGUUUGUUCUGUCUCAGUCUGCAGUGUUGUUUUUUAUUUAAAUCAUUUUUGGGGAUCGCUGUAGUGUGUGUUCACUGGUUUCUGGUUUCCAACUGAUUUAACUGAACUGAAUUAUUAAGGGUCCAGUCCAUAAUGUCGGAUUUGACUCUCAUUAUCUUUUUAAUUAAAACGCUUAAAAAUCUGCAUAUUGAUUGUAAUUAUUAACAUUUGUUUAAAUUUGUUUUCAUUCAGACAAAUUCAUAAUAAAGCUGCUUUUAUUCGUACACUGCAAAAACAAAGUAAUUUAGGUCUAGUUUCUUGUUUAAAUAUCUUGGUUCACGUUAAAUAGGAUAAAACUAACUUAGCAACUUUACAGAGAUAUUGGAGUUUGUUUAAUAAUAACCCAGUGAAUAACCUGAUUCUUUGGGCUGAGUUUCUUGGCCCACGUCAAUUUACUGUCGAAUCGAUAUGUUAGACACAGUGAAAUGCUUUCCAUUAACGGAGAGAACUGGGAACAGCAGGGAACCAAAAUGACUCCAACAGGCAUCAUCGGUUCAUCCAGGAGCUCACAGAAAAAUCUAGAUAACGACUAAAGUUCUGCAAACCAGUGAAGGUCAGAGGUCAUAAUUCAACCAUAUGACAGAGGCUGAGGGAAAUUACAUUAGAGUUCCAAAGCCAGAACCACAGCUGACCCACAUGAACACAAAGUCCAUCUCAGUUCUACCAAAAACACUUUCAUGAUGUUUGAUCUCAACAAUGCUCUGUCAGAAAACCCUGAAUAACGAACCGCUGUCGGGUUUGACCUCAACGCUUUGGCUAUGCUGCAGAACAGUAAACACAUCUGCAAGCUCAGUACAUCACCGAAUGGCUCAGAAAAUGUGGUUAGCAUGAAACCAUUUAGCAACAUUCCUUUACAGUAAAAUAGACGGUUUCCAUUGUUGGUGUAAUUAAACCAAUCAGAAGCAUUUUUCAUAUUCCUUUAACUGUGGAGGUCAUUGCUAACUAAAAUGCUAGCUGCACCAAAGCAUAAUCAUAAACAUUAGCUCUGCUAAUCAACACAGUAUUUAGCAGAAGCUAAUGCUACAGCAUGUGCUACAACACAACACGUCUCUACAGGGUCAUAUUUUUAUGGAAGUGAUUCUUUCAGUCAUAAUGUCAGUUUUAUAGUAGUUAUCUUUACUGUAGAACUACAGCAAAGCAUUAUGGGUACAGAAUGAACAUCAUUUGCUGCAUCUGUGAACAACACUUUAGCAAAAGCGCUAAAGUGCUUCCAAAACGUUAGCUCUGCUAUUAGCAUAUUAGCAUAUUGUAUCCACCACGGAACUUUAAUAAAUAGGCCAAUGGAUCCAUCCACAGGCUGACGUUAGAGCUGAAUGUGACCCAGAAUCCCCUCAGUGAGGCUCAGUGUCAGGCAGGACCACAGCGUGUGAACGAUGCUGACGAGCUGUUCUUCAUCACCAGAUGCCGUGGCUCUGCGGCGACGCCACCAUGAUGGAGAUGAUCGAGAAGAAGAGAGUUUUGUGCCGAGAGAUCAAAGCCCGUCAGCGGCCGGAGAAGAACCUGUGCAAGCAGGAC